UUUUAAUUAUGUAUAAUUUUCUUCCGGUUUCAUUUUGUGCUUUUGGUUCUAUAAAUUGACCCCUCAACACCAUCAACAACCUCUUCCACUUCCUUCCUCUUCCCCCUUUUGUAGAUCGUAGCCUUCCUAAUUGCUCUAAUUUUAUCUAAGGUUGUGUUUCUGUCCUUCCUCAAAAUUCUGGCCGUUAUUCUGCUCUGUUUUCCCCAGUUUUCUCUCCAUAAUCUUUUCCUCAAUCCUCCUUUUUUCCAUUGAAUCUCAUUCCUUUGAUUCAAUAACAAAAACCCACAUAGCAAAUCCCCUCAAGUCUCAAUCUUUCCAGCAAAAUCUUCAGUUCUUCCGAGAUCUGUGCCAGAAACAGAAUCUCUCUGUUUUCCUCUGAUUUUUUUUUCCCGGUUAACUUUUUCAACUUCUGCAAUUCUGAUGCUGAAUAUCGUGUUCUUAAUGUUUGAGAUUCAUGUCUCCAGUUCUUAGCGAAAUCCUCCGUUCCGGGUUUAUGAUAAAUUCCUCACUCAGGCGCAGGACCCACUUAGUUCAAUCUUUCUCCGUCGUCUUCCUCUACUGGUUCUAUGUUUUCUCAUAAAUAAGUUGAAACAUUCAACUACAGUAUUUAUCUUCUAAGUAGCUACAGUUUUUUUUUUUUUGGUUAUAUUUUCCGGGUCCUGCGUCUUUUUAGUAAAAUCUAGUUUUUUUCUUUUAUUAGAUCAAAGAAACUAGUCUGUCUCCUGGUUGUAGAUAUAUUAUAUAGAAGAUAAGAAGAAGAUAUAAUAUCUAUUAAAUAUUUUUAUCAUGGCUUCUUCUAGCGGAAACUCGUCAGGGUCAACACAGAUUCAGAACUCGGGAUCGGAGGAGGAUUUGCAGGUUCUGAUGGACCAGAGAAAAAGGAAGCGAAUGCAAUCAAACCGCGAGUCGGCGAGGAGAUCUCGGAUGAGGAAACAGCAACACCUGGACGAGCUCAUGGCCCAAGUGGCUCAGCUGAGAAAGGAGAACAACCAAAUCUCGACGAGCAUAAACAUCACCACCCAGCACCUGAUAAACGUGGAGGCUGACAACUCUGUCUUGAGAGCUCAAAUGGCUGAGCUCAGCCAGAGACUGCAAUCCCUAAACGACAUCUUGGGCUGCAUCAACGACAACAAUGGAGGAGGAGGAGGAAGAGUCCUUGAAUGUGAGACUCUUCAGAGUAGCGCUGAUAGUUUCAUGAACCCAAUGAAUUUGGUGUAUAUUAACCAGCCCAUCAUGGCAACUGCGGAUAUGUUCCUGUACUAACCAAACCCAUCACCAUGGUGAAUGAUGAAUGAUGAUCAUAAUUCAUCAUCAUGAUCACCUUAGGUUCAAAAAGCCUGAAAUGGGUCAAUCUCUUUUUGUCUUGUUUCGUUUAUUGGCGGUGUUUGUUCAUGGUCAGAAAUGAGUGGAGUGGAGAUGAAAGGAAAAUGGUGUUCUCUAUGUUUUUUUUUUUUUUUUUUUGGUCUUGUCUAAUAUUAUAUUAUUAGUUUGGUUAGCAACUAGGUGAUCAAGCAGUGUGACUCCAGGACAAAUAUGAUUGUGGUCUAAUAUUGCAAAAUGAGUGAAAAAAAAGGGUUCUCAACAAUGGAAGAGGGGACCCAUGGUGGGAUCCUUUGAUAUGUAAAGGUCAUUUAUGAUAUAAUGUGGUGUCAAGGCUUAUAUAAUUAUUAUACGAUUUACUAUUCAUUACCAAUUUCCCCA